GAAGAAGUUUGAUUCCUGACAAUAAUGGAUGACGAUGCAGCCCCAAGACGAGCUCCACCCCCCAGGCCAUCUGUGUUGCCACAGUAUAAUGUGCCUAGACCAGUGGUACCAGAAGUUUCACUGAUGUUUGACAGUGAGGACAGCCUUAUUUGGCAACAACCAAAAUCCAGCCUCCCAGCUAGCCUGCAACAAAAAAUGGAUGUACCAUUCACGAAAGCAGGUAGUACAGUGGCAAACCAGAGAAUACCAGUGAUCUCAGCAGUUAAUAACCCAGGAAAGCAGGCUUUUGCUGCUGGACCUCCAAGGGAUAUUCAGGGUUCUCAGUCUACAACACAUUUUAAGAAUAGGACAGAGGAAAAUCACCCAAGACCAAAAUUACCAUUGCAGAGCAAGGCAGAAGGCCAGUUUCAUAGAGAAGCCAGUGGAUCACCAGUACUUAAAAAUCCAAUAAUAAGUGAAAAGCAUUACAACCCUCUGAUUUAUAGCCCAUCUCAGAAAAAUGAAGUGUUAACUCCCCAGACACAGAACACAGUCAGUUCUCCAUCGUAUGAAGAUUCAGCCAUGCUGAGUAAGAGCUCCUGGCCAUCACAAGUAACAACAAAAUCAGUCCACUUUUAUAAAAAUCCUGUGAUGAGUGAUGAAGAAACCCCACUUCACUUAAAACGAAUGGAACAGCAUCAGAGAUGUUUACAAAUCAUAGUAGUAGACUUAUACCCCAUGGAGGUCAGUCCUCUCAUCGUCCAUUUAGGGGAGAUGAAGUUACCCAUCAAUCAGAUCAUGUUUCUAGUAGAGUAA